AUGACAAUAAGAGAGCCCGAGCUGGAGGUUGACCCUGGAUGCAUAAGCAGAGCGUUCAAAACUUCAAGCAAAAACGAGAAAAAAGUCCCCAUUACAGUGAGGAUAGACUCAAUAAUAGCCCCAGAUCACUCCGUCCUUCAGAGCAAGAUACGCCUGAUCGUAACGGACACAAACACCGUCCAGGAGUGCCUGCUUUCUUCAAAGUAUGCGGACGAUGUCAGCACAAACAGGAUCUCCGUGGGGGACAUCAUAAAAGUAGGGGAGAUGACGCUGGGAACGUACUCCUCCAAGGCCAUCAUAUACAUAAAGGAGAUACUGGCGAUGCACAGGCCGGGGAAGGAGAGUGCGUGGGGAAGCAUUGGAGCAAGCCCCAGCAAAAGAAGGAUCGAUCCAGAAACCCCCAGGAAAGACACGAAAAAAGAGGCGACCACGAUAAAGGAGCUGAACCCCUUCCAGAGCAUGCACUGGAGAAUUUCCGCGAAGGUCGUGAGCAAGUCCCCAACGAGGACGUACACGAAAGACGGGCGCCCCGGGAAGGUCUUCAACGUGAUCGUUUCAGACGGGACGGAUAAGUGCAACAUAACGUUCUUCACGGAGUACGUGAGCCAGUUCGUCGAUAAGAUCGAGCUGUACAAAAGCUACGAGAUCACGGGGGGAGUCCUGAAGCUCGCGAAUAAGAAGUACAAUGAGGACGUCCACGACUACGAGAUACUUGCAGACAGGUCUUUCGCAGUGACCCCAAUCCCAGAGACGAAGCAGCCCGUGAAGAUCCCGAGCACGCUCUCUAAGGUCGCAAAGCUCCCAAAUCAGGUGCACGAAACGGUCUCUCUCCUCGUCGUAGUCACGGAGACAGGAGAAGUCUCCACAAUCACCCGGAGGAAGGACCAGGUGCAGAUGAAGAAGAGAACACUUUCAGUCGGAGACGAGUCCGGGAAGUGCGUGCCCUUUAUCCUGUGGGAGGACGUCUGCGACCUGAACUUCAUGGUGGGAGAUGUUUUGCUCCUGGAGAAUGUCCGAGUAACGGAGUACUUGGGAAUGCCGCAGAUAGGCCUCGCCAGAGACGGAGUCAUUUCUUUCAACCCGGAAGUCCCAGAAGUAUUUAGACUUCGCGGAUGGUACUCCAGAAACGCAGACUCGAUGGAGAAAGCCCCGAGAAAGUCCACGGGCGGAGGACAGAAAGUAGUUGCGCUGGAGGAGGUCAAGAGUGAGGCCCUGGAAUAUGCGACAGUUGCAGUUACGCUGCUCUUUGUCCCAGAGAAGAGCGUCCUGUAUAAGUCCUGCCCGUCGGAGGGAUGUAAUAAGAAGGUGGACUACGAUCCAGUGGCCCCGGAUAUGUACUUCUGCAGUAAGUGCGGAAUCUCGUACGAGAAGUGCUCGUAUAACUACAGCGCAAAUGCAUCGGUUAUUGACGGGUCUUCGUCGAUGUGGGUCUCGCUUUUCAACGAGUCUGCAUCCUGCCUCUUCCAGGGGAGGAGCGCACAGGAAAUGUACGACCUCUCGAUUGAGGAUGCGGAUAGGUACAUGGAGGCCCUGGGAGAGCCCGUGGGGAGUGACUUCGUCCUGAAUAUUCGCGGGAAAGAGUCAACGUACAACGGAGAGCCCUGCAUGCGGUACAGCGCGUCUUCUUUGAGGCGGAUGGACUACGCAGAGGAGGCGUACAGCGUGCUUUCCCUGCUGGAGAAGGCCAGAUAA